GAGAUCUGACGUCAUUGUGCUGCGACCCUUGUUCAACGCCGUUGGCGAAGCCAGGCUGUCCUAGGAAGCCGAGUGGGAGUGGCACGGAGCUGCUGGAGGUCCUGAGAACCUGAGUUUCGGCAAGCAGCCAGGUCUGGAAACUAAUAUUUUAAAAAUGACUACACCAAACAAGACACCUCCUGGUGCUGACCCCAAGCAGUUGGAAAGGACUGGAACAGUACGGGAAAUUGGAUCACAAGCUGUUUGGUCACUCUCAUCUUGCAAACCAGGAUUUGGAGUGGAUCAGUUACGAGAUGACAAUCUAGAAACUUAUUGGCAAUCAGAUGGUUCCCAGCCUCAUUUAGUGAACAUCCAAUUCAGAAGAAAAACAACAGUGAAGACAUUAUGUAUUUAUGCAGACUACAAAUCUGAUGAAAGCUAUACUCCAAGCAAGAUCUCAGUCAGAGUAGGAAAUAAUUUUCACAACCUUCAAGAAAUUCGGAGAUGGGGUUUUGCUAUGUUGCCUGGGCUGAUUGUGAACUUCUGAGCUCAAGCCAUCUGCCUGCCUUGGCCUCCCAAAGUCCUAGGAUUACAGGGAAACUAGGAAGAAUUGGAGAAUGUGUAAUAAAACUGCACGAUUUGACAGAUUUGGACAGCUGGCUCCCUCACAAGAAGUUCACAUUUUGUUAAUGUCACCCACGUUGAAUAAGGGACGAUUAGAUGGUAAGGUCCAUUUACAAAAAUGGUUGUCAGGACAUUUUUUUUUUUAAUUGUAAAACUUUCUGUGAUGGAAUUCAGUAAAAGGACUACGAAGAGAAAGCAAUGGAGACAAAAGAUUGCUAUUAACCUACAGAUGCAGGCUACUGCAUGGUUCAUUGCAAGAUUUGUCACACUGUUGGGCCAAUGAAGUGUUAGUGUGACUAGAAGGGACCACCCCUUUUCUGGGGUAAGAGGGCAAUUUGGUCUCCAUGCUCAUUUAAUCCUGAGACUUCUUUGAAUAGACUGUCAAUUGAAUCUAAAUUGUGCAAAAUUAUGCAUGCACUUUUUAAUGCAGGCUAUUGUUCACUAAGCACUGAACCAAGAUUUCUCAACCCAUUUCCAUUUGGCAUGAGGUCACUUGAAACUUAAGCAAUCAUAUAUGGAAGACAAGAACAGUGUACUUAACUGAUCUUUCUACAUUGUGGCUUCUAUAUAAAUGCUCACUGGGCUUUAAUUGCAAAUCUCUCACCUUAAAACAAUAGGGAAAUACUAGCUACAAUAUAUUUUUUAAAUUGAGGCUUGUAUUCCUAAAGGUAAGGAGCAGGUUUAGAAAGUCAGCUGGCGCUGCAUAAUCUAUACUGCUCUACAAUUUAGAUUCUAGAGGAAUGGAUGUUUACAGAAGGACAGCCAUAGUGGGUGUGCACUUGUCAUGAGUAGAUGUGUUUUUUCAGUAGUGCAAAGAGGCCUUAUAUUUUGUUAAAAUCCAAACGUGGAGAGCUGGCUUUGAAAACCAAGAAGAAAAAUAUCUACUAGACUUUUUGCAGUUUUAAGUCAGAACAUGUCAUCUCUGUAAAACCCUGAACAGAACAUUUACAGAAAAUUUAUUGAUACAUUAACCAAGAGUAUUUUCAUUGAGUUCUGAAGGAACACGUACAUUUAAAGUCAUAUUUGGCAAGAAUUAUUAUGUUAAAAAUUUGUACAGGUGACAGCUUACAUAGCCAAGAUUUUUAAAAAACAAGUGAGCUCUUCUCCAGUGAGGUUCGAUUCAGUGGAAAUCUGCAACAUUCUAAUAACAUAGACUCUGACAGUCUUGCUAUGGUGAAAAGCACUUUACAAAUGUUUAAUGCUGGAAUUUUAUAAGGAUUGGCUGUUUUCUUGCUUUUUCAUCCGUCGUUAAUGAUUACAUGUUGGCACAAGGAUACCUUGCUAGAUUAGAUCCACAGCACAUUAAAGACUGUUUGCUUUCUCACUCCCCUUCUUUCCAAUUAAGUUGGUGAAAAAUGUAACUUUAGUGUUUUACAGGACAGGGUAAAGGUGUUUCAUCUAGGUGAUGUCUAUAUUAUAAAAAUAAAAUAAAAUAUAUAAAUAUGUAACACAAACCCAGUGCCUAUUGUUAAAUAAAAUAUACAAUAAAAGCAGACCUUUUAGGAAGACCG